AUGCUCACACGACAAGCGGGCGGCCGCCACGCUGUGGCCCUGUGCCGGCUGCCCUCCGCCAACACGAUCCCAAGGCUCCCGACACAACCGACACGCGUAUUACGACCCCUGCGCCCCGUCGGCGUCGACCGCCGCCUCCUCACAACACGUCCCGAACUGCGGCCAUGGCGGCCCAAGACGAAGUUCUACAGCGGCAUCGGCUACCUGCCCGAACGCACGCUGGCCACCGCCCUCAACGACUACACCCCGAUCCCGCAUGACGACGGCGCACAUGCCGCCGUGUCUCUCUCGCCGGGCGCGCCGCCCUCUUCUUCCUCCGCCUCGUCCGCUUCCUCUGUUUCCUCUGUCUCCUCCGCUUCCGCCUCACAUUCCACCGCACGAUACCCUCUCCUAUACGCGACAUCUCCACCAUUACCGCUCUCUUCGUCCGCAUCACCACGCGCCCGCACGGCCGUGCCCAGCCCGCUGCCGCUCUGGGAGCUGCGGCCACACAACGUAAAGGCACCGCUCGUGCUCGACGACACCGAGAGCGUCCCCGUGGCGCGCCAGAAGAUCAACACGCGCGGUGUCCCCGGCGACGUCGACGAGAUGCUGUCGGUGCUCGACGCGUGUCUGCAGGUCGGCAAGCUGGACCGCGCGGCCCUCGUGCUCAAGCGGCUGGGCCAGCCCGGGUUCGCGACGCCCGACGUCGACCUUGUCGAGCUGCACAACCGCUACCUGCGUGCCGUCGUCGACCAGCUGCUCGCCGACCCCGACCUGGCCACCGCCGAGGAGCUGCACAAGUGGUUCGAGCUCGAGAUGCGCGGCAAGCGCGCCCAGCAGACCCCCGAGACCAUUGCCUACAUGCUCAAGGCGUCGCUGCUGACGGCCCACGGCGCGCGGCGCGAGCGUCUGGUCGACCGCUACAUGGGCCUGGCCCCGGGCGACGCCGGACUCGAGGUGCUCUACAUGACGGGCAUCCUGAACGACCAGGACCGCGCGGCCAUUACCGACAUCUGCCGCACGUACAACCUCGAGUCGUUUGCCGGCGGCGAUGCCGAGGCCACGACGCUGUUUGAGGAGGCGCUGCGGUCGAUUGAUCCGGAGGGUGUGGCGGCCGGCGCGGAGGCAGCGGAGGCAAGCCAUGCGGCCACUGACGCAUCCGCCUCGACUCGUGCGUCUGCCCCCACGGACGUGCCUGACAUGCCCGACACGUCCGCCACACCCGACAUGCCCGCCACGCCCGACACGCCGCCUGUCCUCGGCACGCCGCAAAAGGGCAUGGGCCUGCGCAUGCUCAAGCAGACCCUCAGCCUCUUCGCCGAGAUCCCCGAGGGCCGCGACAUUGCCGGCCUCAACCUGUCCGAGCGCCGCGAGAUCCAGUCGCGCCUCGAGCGCGACUGUGUCGACGCGGCCGUCGAGCGCUGGAAGGAAGAGAACCAGGCGCUGCUCAAGAUGGGCCUCAACACGUCGCUGACGACCGCCUCGCUCAACGCGCGCCUCUACGAGUGGCACAAGGACCUCGAGCUGCGCCUGUCGCAGGAGCUCAAGAAGAUUGAGCUCGCCGAGGCCUCGGGCAGCAAGAACAAGGAGGACCUGGACCGCUGCCUGUACGGGCCGUUCCUGCGCCAGUCGCUGCCCAGCCGCCUGGCCGCCGUCACCAUUGUCAGCACGCUCAGCGGCAUGGCCAUGCAGGGCGCCGACAAGGGCAUCGCCAUCAGCAACAUCAUUACGCAAAUCGCAAAGGUCGCCGAGGAGGACAUUCGCCUGCAGCAGCACACCAAGAUGAUGGCCGCCCGCGGCCAGAAGACGUCCGCCCGCGCCGCCGCCAAGACCGCCGCCAAGACGGCCCUGCGCAAGGCCAUGCGCCCGGCCAAGGUGUCGCUGCAGCAUGCCGGCGACGCCGCUGAGACGGCCGCCGCGUCUGCUGCCGCUGAAGCCGCCAACAGCACCCCUGCCACCACUCUGGAACGGCCCGCCGACCGCGACGUCGCCUGGCCCAUCACCAUCAAGGCCAAGGUCGGCGCCGCCCUGCUGUCGAUGCUCAUGGAGACCGCCAAGGUCACCGCCGUCAAGGAGCACCCCGAGACGCGCACGCUCGUCUCCCAGCAGCAGCCCGCCUUCAGCCGCCUCAACCAGCUGCGCCGCGGCAAAAAGGUCGGCGUCCUCGUCGCCAACAGCACCCUCGUCGACCUCAUGAAGCGCGAGCCCCGCGGCGACUUCCUCGCCCGCCACCUGCCCAUGGUCGUCGAGCCCCAGCCCUGGCAGACCGUCGACAAGGGCGGCUUCCUCGAGUACCCGGCGCCGCUCGUGCGCGUCAAGGACUCGCGCAAGGACCAGAAGAUCUACGCCGAGGCCGCCAUUGCGCGCGGCGACAUGGACCAGGUCCUCAAGGGCCUCGACGUGCUCGGCCGCACCGCCUGGAAGGUCAACCGCCCCGUCUUCAACGUGCUGCUCGAGGCCUGGAACACGGGCGAGGCCAUUGCCGACAUCCCGCCCAUCGCGCCCGACAUUGCCGUCCCCCCCGAGCCCGACUCGUCCGAGGAUCCCAUGAAGCGCCGCACGUGGCUCAAGGCCGUCAAGGCCGCCGAGAACCAGCGGUCCGGCCUGCACUCGGUGCGCUGCUUCAUGAACUUUCAGAUGGAGAUUGCGCGCGCCUUCCGCGACCAGACCUUUUACUUCCCGCACAACGUCGACUUCCGCGGCCGCGCGUACCCGAUCCCGCCCUACUUCAACCACAUGGGCGCCGACCACGUCCGCGGCCUGCUGACCUUUGCCCAGGGCAAGCCGCUCGGCGCCGACGGCCUGCGCUGGCUCAAGGUGCACCUGGCCAACGUGUACGGCUACGACAAGGCCAGCCUGUCCGACCGCGCCGCCUUUGCCGACGAGCACGUCGACCAGAUCCGCGACGCCGCCACGAACCCGCUGCGCGGCGGCCGCUGGUGGCUCGCGGCCGAGGAUCCCUGGCAGUGCCUGGCGGCGUGCAUGGAGCUGACGGCCGCGCUCGCGCUCGACGACCCGACGGCCUUUGUCUCGCACCUGCCCGUCCACCAGGACGGCACCUGCAACGGCCUGCAGCACUACGCCGCGCUGGGCGGCGACACCUGGGGCGCCAAGCAGGUCAACCUGGUCCCCGGCGACCGCCCGGCCGACGUCUACUCGGCCGUCGCCGACAUUGUCCGCGCGAGCAUCGCCGAGGACGCCGCCCACGGCGACCCCAACGCGCGCGCGCUCGACGGCAAGAUCAAGCGCAAGGUCGUCAAGCAGACCGUCAUGACCAACGUCUACGGCGUGACCUUUGCCGGCGCGCGCAAGCAGGUCCUCAAGCAGCUGGACGCGCUGUACCCGACGCUGCAGGCCGACACCGACAUCCCCGCCAUGGUCCUGGCGUCCUACAUUGCCACCAAGAUCUUCCAGGCCCUGUCGACCAUGUUCAGCGGCGCCCACGACAUCCAGCACUGGCUGGGCGAGAUUGGCGGCCGCGUGUGCCGCGCGCUGACGCCCGACCAGAUUGAGCGCAUCAUUCACAACGAGCCGCACCAGGAGGCCACGGCCGCGGCAGCGGCAGCGGCAGCGCCCAAAAAGUCGCGAUCCAAAGGCAAGGGCAAGCCUGGCGCCUCGGGCAGCACGCCGACCAAGACGAUGAAGCGCGAAAACGACGAGAUCCUCGGCCAGUUCCGCUCGACGCUCGUGUGGACGACGCCCCUGCAAAUGCCCGUCGUCCAGCCGUACCGCAAGGCCGCCAGCCGCACCAUCGAGACCUGCCUGCAGGACCUGAUCUUGUCGGUCCCCGCGCGCAGCGACCCCGUCCACAAGCGCAAGCAGCUGCAGGCCUUCCCGCCCAACUUUAUCCACUCGCUCGACGCCAGCCACAUGCUGCUGUCCGCCCUCGAGUGCGACGCCCUGGGCCUGCAGUUCGCCGCCGUCCACGACUCCUUCUGGACCCACGCCGCCGACGUCAACACCAUGAACCGCGUCCUGCGCGACGCCUUUGUGCGCAUCCACAGCGAGGACGUCGUCGGCCGCCUCGCCCGCGAGUUCGAGGCCCGCUACCGCGGCUCGCUCUACCUCGCCCAGGUCCACCGCGGCAGCGCCGUCGCCAAAAAGAUUCUCGCCCUCCGCAAGGCCUCGCCGCGCAUGUCGCUCAAGGACGAGCUCGUCCUCGAGCACACGCGGCUCGCCCUCCUGGCGUCGGACGACCCCGCGCGCGUCGCCCAAGGCCGCAGCAUGGUGACGCCCGCGAGCCUCUUUGCCGAGGCGGCGGCCGCCACGGACGACGCCGACGCCGUGGUCGAGGCCGAGGACAUGUCCGAGUUUCGUCUCGGAAGCAUCCCCGCCGACGAGGCGGCCGCGCAAGAGAAGCUCAUGCAGGCCGCCGCGGCCGCCACCAACAAGGACGCCCGCGGCACGAAGGCGGGUUCUACGAAGGCGGGCUCUACGACACCUACGACGUCGGCGACCGGCCGCGGCCGCAGCAUUACCGGCGGCAUGAGCCUCGACGGCGUGGGCUCGGCAAUGGGCGACGUCGCGACCGGUGACGAGAUGAUGGCGCUUGAGGAGGACGACGAGCUGGCCCUGCUCGAGGACGCCGACGCCGACGCCGACAUCGACGAACUGUCCCCCACCGAUGCGGCGCUCGCCGGCACGGGCCACUUUGAAGCCCAGCUGCGCGGCCUCAAGAAGCCCUUGACCAAGGCCAAGAAGGACAAGACGGCCGCCGCCUUGGCCCGCCAGACGCCCGUCCAGGUCUGGGUCCCGCUCACCUUCCCGGCCAUCCCCGCCAAGGGCGACUUUGACGUGCGCCGCCUCAAGGACAGCGACUACUUCUUUUCGUAG